CGCCAAUCGGGGCGCGGUUUAUUGGCGGCUGCGAGGAGCGCUCGCUGUGCGCGCCCGCUCGCUGUGGAGCUGAGUGCCUGGCGCGGGGCAGCGCGUCCCCUCCUCCCGCGCUUUGUUGGUGCCUCGGCGGGCGGCGGCGAUGCCCGAAUUCCUGGCGGACCCCUCGGUCCUGACGAAGGAGAAGCUGAAAAGCGAGCUGAUUGCCAACAAUGUGAGCCUGCCGGGUGGCGAGCAGCGCAAGGACGUCUACGUGCAGCUCUACCUGCAGCACCUCACCGCCCGCAACCCGCCCGUCAUCGCGCAGCCCGACUUCUCCAGCGACGCGGAGCGGGACCCGACGCGGCCCCUCCGCCUUCGCCAGCGCGGGGCGGGGGCUGGAGGGCGGGCCACAAAGAAAACUGACAAACUCAGGGCAGAGGAAAAGGAUGACUUAGAUGUAACAGAGCUCAGUAAUGAAGAUCUUCAAGAACAACUUACGAAGUAUGGAAUAAAUCCCGGCCCAAUUGUAGCUACUACAAGGAAACUUUAUGAGAAAAAGCUGUUGAAACUGAUGGAGCAAGGUCCAGAACUGAAGACACCAGUGCCUCUCCCAGUGAUUUCUUCAACUACUGAGAACACCAGACAGAAUGGAAAUAAUGAUUCUGACCAGUACAGUGACAAUGAAGAAGAUCUAAAGACUGAGCUGAGGCUUGAGAAGAGGGAACCUCUGAAGGGCAGGAUGAAGACUCCAGUAGCACUCAAACAAAGAAGAGUUGUUGAGCAUAACCAGACUUAUUCUCAAGAUGAAGUUACUGAGACUGUCUGGACAAGUGGAUCUUCAAAAAGUGGACCUCUUCAGGCAUUUUCUAGGGACUCUACAAGAGUGUCAAGAAGAACACCAAGGAAAAGGGUGGAAGCUACAGUACAGUUGCCUGUAGAUGAUGCUGUUAUAUCAGAGAGUACUCCCAUAGCAGAAACUAUAUUGACUGCAAGCAACGAAACCCUAGUUGGCAAUAGGGUGCCUGGAAAUUUCAAGCAUGCAGCUCCUACAUUGUCAAUCAGUGAACCCUCAGACAUGCCCAGAAGAACACCAAAGAAACCACUGAUGACAGCUGAAGUGCCGGAGAGAACUCAGACAGAAGAACGAAGUGUAGAAAGGGAUAUUCUGAAGGAAAUGUUCCCUUAUGAAGUAUCAACACCUACAGGAAUUAGUGCUAGCUGCCGUAGACCAAUCAAAGGAGCUGCUAGCCGGCCUAUCGAGCACACUGACUUCAAAAUGGAUGAAAGUUUCUUUAAGUAUGCUCCAAAAUAUAGUACCUCAAGUGACAUCAAGUCUGAGAAACCUUCAACAAAAAAAGAACGCUCCGUUCCCCUGUGGAUAAAAAUUCUUCUCUUUGUUCUUGUUUCAGUCUUCUUGUUUUCAGUUUAUCAGUCAAUGGAAACUAAUCAAGGAAAUCCUUUCUAUAAAUAUACUCAGAUGUUCUCUCAGGACGGUGCCAAAUGAGUAUCUUUCUGAAAGGCACACCCGAUUUGAUCUCCUAUUUUUAAUUGUAGAGAACUCUCCUGCCCUCUCAUCGGCUCAAGGACUACUUAUAAAUAAUGUGAUUGGAACCUGAUAAAUUUGGAUAAAUGAAGCAAACUAAUACUAAAUGGACACUGGUAACUUUCUGGACUUUGGACUAGUAGGAGAUCACUUUGCCAUAGGAGUUAACUUUUUUUUUUAGGUCUUUGAACUUUUGUAGGCUUUAUUUUUUAAUGUGGACAUCCUUUAAAUUCAUUUUUGAGAAACUGUAUAUUUGUUUUUGCAGGAACUUGAAAGUUGAGAAGGGCAAAAAUGUACUAAAAUGUGAAGCUGUGUUUUUAAAGCUUUUUCAUUGUACAGGAAAGAAGUUGUACUUCUGUCUUGGUAGAUCUUGGUAGAUUAUGAAGGGAGGAAGAUUUGUAACAAGGGAAUGAGGGAGAUGCAUUUUUGUAUGCAUUUUUCAGUAACAAAUUAACUGAAUUUGAUCUCUUAAGAUGUAGGGAGAGUACAACAGGCUUUUCUGUAGGUUACUGUAACUUUUUAGUAAAUGUAACUGUAAACUUGUUUGCAUUUCUGUAAAAGUCUUAGUAUCAUUAGUAACUGUUUAAGUGUAACAUUUAAAUGUAUCACUUCAUUUCAGUGCUUACAGUGUUGUAGGAGUUCAAUAUAAAUUGGCAACAGGUGUCUUAGAGGAACUUAUUUAUUAGUUAUAUGCGUGGAAAAUAAAAAUUGCAUCAUACAAUUUGCUACUAAAUACUUAUUUGGGGUAAAAGUUACCUAAGGUAGUCUAAAUUCCAACUUUUAGCAGUGGUCUUUUUUCUUAAUGUGAGGUCCUUCUAUCACAGCUUUGUGAUUAUCUUUGAAUAUUCAUGUAGAGAGGUAUUCUCAAAGUGUGAAAAUUCCAUAUGAAGUUUUAUUCUUAUAUGAAGAGGGCAUUGCUGCAUUUUCUUCUACAAUUUCAUCUUCUGAGGUGAGAUUUACUACAUUCAUGCAGUUGAGUAUUUUUCUCAGUGGAAGCAUGCUAAAACACUCAAUAUUGUAUAACUUAGUUGAGCAGGCAGCUGACUUCACUACUACCAAUGAGGAGUGAUAAGCAACAACUUUUAAAUUGAAUGUAUUCAUUUUGAUGUGCUUAAAUCUGCAGCAUACAGAUGUUCAGUCUCAUUGCUUCGUACAAAAAUGCAAUAAAAUCAUACUUAUUCUUGAAGUGCUACUUAUGAAAAGCUGAGAACUUUAGUUAAUGGUCUAUUUUUACUAUAGGUACAAUUAUUGCGUAGACUAGAUAUGGGAGAACAUUACUUUCUGUGACCUUUGGGACAAAAAUGGUAAUUUGUAGCAAAGCUAUAGGUUUCUUCUGUUAAGAUUUAAUGUUUUUUCCUUUGUCUGCUUUCUGAGUAAUCCAAUUAGCUGAACUUGUCCAUCCUAUAGAAAAUUGUAACACAUGACAUUCACUUUUUUGGUGUCAAAAUGCAGAAAAAUAAAAAUGAUUUUAAUGUG